ACCAACAAAACAUGUUCCAUUAUAACGUUCUCAAGAUGCCGAAAACAACUUCAGGAGAACAAGCGACUAUAUUGUAAUGAACACCUAUCCUGCUGCUGUCAUUCUCAUCACACCCAGAUCACAGGACUCUCGGAGGACUUGCUGUUUGCUUGGGAGGGGCAGACGAAAACUUAUAAAUAAAUCCUAUGCCAGAUAGAAACAUUCAGUCCAUCACAGUGAAACCUGCAGGAAGGCGACAGCAGCAGCAGCAACAUCCAAUAUAACUCACCAUGAGGGUGGCGGUGAUUGGCGCCGGGAACAGCGGGCUGACCUCCAUUAAAUGCUGCUUGGAUGAAGGACUGGAGCCCACGUGCUACGAGAGGAGCCAAGACAUUGGUGGCCUCUGGAGGUUUACACCAGAGGUGGAGAACGGCAGAGCCAGCAUCUAUGAAUCCGUAGUCACCAACACCAGUAAGGAAAUGAUGUGUUACAGUGACUUUCCCAUCCUGGAGAACUUUCCAAACUUUCUUCACAACUCCAAGAUGUUGGAAUAUUACAGGAAAUAUGCCGAGAAGUUUGGUCUAUUGAAACACAUCCAGUUUAAGACAGUUGUCCGCAGUGUGAAGAAACACCCCAGUUAUCCCAGCACUGGACAGUGGGAAGUCACUACAGAGAAGAAUGGCAAACAAGAGACAACCACGUUUGAUGCAGUUAUGGUUUGCAGUGGUCACCAUUCAGAGCCAUAUUAUCCACUAGAAGCCUUUCCUGGCAUAAACUCUUUUCGAGGACAAUAUUUUCAUAGUCGCGAAUACAAAAACUCUGAAGCUUUUAAAGGGAAGCGAAUUGUGGUUGUUGGUAUGGGGAAUUCGGGAGCGGAUAUCGCUGUAGAGCUCAGCCGCACUGCAGAUCAGGUAUUUCUUAGCACAAGGAGAGGAUCAUGGGUAAUGAGUCGUGUAUUUGAGCAUGGUUACCCCUGGGACAUCUGCUUCGAUACUCGAUUUCAGAACUGGCUGAGGAACGCUCUUCCGUCAUCUAUUGUUAUUUGGCUGACCGAAAAAAAAAUGAAUGAGUGGUUUAACCAUUCAAACUAUGGCCUUCAGCCUCGAGACAGAACCCAAUUCAAGGAGCCUUUGUUCAAUGAUGAACUUCCAAGUCGUAUCACCUGUGGAUAUGUGGUAGUAAAACCAGAUGUUACAGAGUUUACAGAAACAGCCGUAAAGUUUGAUGAUGGUACUGAGGAGAAGAUCGACGUGGUCAUUUUUGCCACAGGAUAUCGCUUCUCCUUCCCCUUUUUGGAUGAAUCCAUCCUUAAGGUUGUAGACAAUAAAACAAGUUUAUAUAGAAACAUAUUUCCAGCAAACUUGGAAAAACCUACCCUGGGUGUGAUAGGACUCAUUCAGCCUCUUGGUCCUAUUAUGUCGGCCUCAGAAAUUCAAGCUAGAUGGUUGACCAGGGUUUUCAAAGGUUUGUGCCAUUUACCACCUCCUGAUGUCAUUAUUAAGGACAUUGAGAAGAAAAAGGAAAUGACAAUAAGCAGGUUUGGACCAAGAAGAGAAACUACUUUACAGGUGGAUUACAUUGAAUACCUGGAUGAACUGACAACAGAUAUAGGCUGUAAGCCCAAUAUUUUGGGGUACUUCCUUACAGACCCAAUUCUAGCACUCACACUCUUCUUUGGCCCUUGCACACCAGCACAGUUUCGCUUGACAGGUCCAGGCAAAUGGCCGAUGGCGAGGAAGCAAAUAAUGACCACAUGGGACCGAAUUGUAAAGCCAACUAAGACCCGUGUUGUAAAAAAGCAAGAUAAGAGCUCAGGGUCGGUGAUAUUUGGACUUCGGGGACUGUGUGUUCUGGCUCUGCUAUUAGCCAUCAUUAUGUACAAGAUCUUAUAAAUAUGAUUAACAGGUCACAUGGUGGCUUCAGACUUACAGCAUAUAGGUGGCCACAUAUUUAGACAGGCUUCUAUGAAAACAUCUAAAUGUAUAUAUAUGUAUCUAUGUAUACAGUGGGGGGAAUAAGUAUUGAACACGUCACCAUAUUUCUCACUAAAUACGUUUAGUACCUGCUAAUUCCAGUACCUGCAAAUUUUUAAAGGAAAUCUGUCAUCAGUAUCACC